UUAUAGAAAAGAAUCAAUAACAAAAAUUUAAAUUAGAAUUUUAAACAAAAUAAAUUACAAGCAUAAUUUAAAAGCUAUUAAAUAAAAAUGAUGCAAGAGUUGAUGAAAAAGAUGGCUUAAAAAAAGUCAGAAACUUAAGAUAAAUAGGAAUCAAAUGAAACAGACGAGCAAUUAAGGGAAAAGGAAGAAAGAAAAUAAAGAUAAUUAGAGGCAAAAAGAUUAGUAGAAUCUAAAUUAUUGAAUUAGUCCUAAGUGAAUAACUAAAAUGAAGAUGAGUAACCUCAAUCAAACAUUGUUUGUUCUAGUAGUGCUCCUCCUCCUCCACCUUUGAUUAUCUCUAUUGUAACUAAUACUAGUGCUCCUCCUCCACCCCCUCUUAUGAUUAAUCCUUCAAGCAAUAAUAAUUCUUCCAAAAUUUAACAAAAUGGGAAGCAAAAUCCUCCUCAAAUCCCUAUUGUACCUCCUAAUAUGCCAGUUUAAAAAAGCCUUAUUAAAUAAAAAGAAUAAAAAGAAAUCAUUUCUGAUGAAACAAAAUAGAAUUUAGCAAAUUAAAGAAAGGAAGCUUAAAAGUUGAUUGAGCAAAGUCUUUAAGGUAAUAAAGCUGUAGAAUCAUCUAAUACUUCAAAUUCUUCAUAACAAAAUACCAAUCAAGAUGUUAAAAUUGUAAUUUCUUAAACAGCUCCUCCUCCUCCACCUUUUUUGAAUUUUAAUGCCACAGGAAACAAUACAUCCAUUCUUCCUCCUCCUCCACCUCCUUUUAAUCCAACAAGUCUAAAUACAAAAACUAAUAAUGCAAAUUAAAGUUAAGCUGAGUAAUAGUAGAAAAUGUAGGAAAAUUUAAAGAAUUCUUAAAAUUUAUAGUCUAAAAAUGAGGAUUUUAUUCAUUCUGAGUUGAAGAAAGAAAUGUAAAAUAAUAUUAAAGAAGCUUAAAAGUCACUUGAAGAAUAAAUUUCAAGUAAAGGCAAAUCUUAGCAAAAUACUGUUUAAGACGUUAAGAUUGUUACUAAUACUACAGCUCCUCCACCCCCUCCUAUCGGAACUCUUUUUCCUCCUCCUAUUGUAUAAACAAAUAAAAACAAAACUAAUAACUAGUCUACUAAAUAAGAUGAAUAUGAAACUCCGACUCCAUACAAUGAUUAAGAAUCAUAGAUAGCUAAAUAGCUGAUUCAACAAAAUACUUAAGAUAGUAGCUUAAAACAAAGUAAUUCUCAAAAUUGUGAAGAAAAAGAAGUUAAAGAAAUUAAGACAAAUAUUAGUAAUAGAAAUACUAAUGUCUAAAUUGAAAGUAAAUUCAUAGCAGAUAAAUUAAUUGGAAGAAAUAGCAGCCAAAAUGAUUCUCCUGUCAGAAAAUCUAGAGCACAAACACAUAAACCUAUUCCUUAACUAUUUAAUUUUUAAGUAAAUAAAAAUACUAUUAAUGAAUGGUUCAAAGAAGCACAUGAAAUUAAAACUUUAGCUCCUUGGAGUUCUUUCAAAAAAGUGUAAUUUAACACUAUUUAAAAGCAAAUCAGAUAAUAAAAGUAUCCAGAAUAGAGUGUUUUGUAUUUUAAAAAAUGUGCAAUUUUGGUUGACUAACUCGAGGGAUAUAUUUAAAAUACAUACAAUGAUGAAAAUCUUAAAAAAUAUAGAAAAAGUACAUAAUCAAUUAUUGAGUAGAGAGAACAAUAAAUCCAAACCUAAGAAAAUAUUUAAAAAGAACAAUAAAUUGUAAAACUAAAUACCAAGCUAUAUGAUAAAACAAUAAAGUCCAUGAAUGCUCUCAUGAGCUAAAAGAUAGAAUAAAACUAAUUCGAAGAUUGUAUAGCAUUGAGAGACAGCAUUAAGAGAUUACAAUAGCUAAAGUCAUAAAUCGAAUCAGAAGCAAACGAAGAAGAAAAAACAAAAAAAAUAAAUUUCCUUAAUAAAGAGCUUGCAGACCUUUUACAAUCUGGCUAGUAAAGCACAGAAGGCAAAUAAUAAAAAAAAUGA